AUGCGACGUCGAGUGCUGCUGCUCUUGCCGGCGCACCGCACGCGGCAGCCACAGCCACAGUCGCAGCUUCUCGUGCGAUGGCAGUCGGCUGCUUCGUCCUCUUCGCAGGAUUGGCGCCGGGUCGUGGCGGACUUCCAGCGCAAGGCCAAUGACACGAAUGCGUCACUGCAGUCCAAGGACGUCGAGAGCGUCGUGCGCGUGUGCACGCAGAGCAACCGCAUUCGAGAGGCAAUCAACGCGAUCCAUAGGGGGGAGAAGCGCGGUGUCACGGUCCCAUUAAGGUCGCACCUGCAGAUUUCCUCCUCUUUGGCCCGAAAGGGCCAAGCGGAUCGGGCGCUGGCCAUGAUGCCGGAGCUGCGCGAACGCUUCGGGGACGCGUUCAACGCCGCGUCCAACGACCGGUACAGCGUGUACGACCCGCUGUUGAGCGUGUUCAAGGACCAGGGCGACUGGCGGAGCACGCACGCUGCCAUCGCGCAGAUGCACGAGCUGGGGAUGACCCCGAGACUGCGCGCCUUUCGAGUGCUCAUGCUGACUGCGGCCAAGGCGCGACAGAAGGAGACGCUGCUGACGACGCUGCAGUUCGUCGAGAACAAGUUCCCCGGAGUUUGGAUGCACGCAGCCACGCUGACUGCGAUUUGUCAGUCGCUGGUGGAGAUUGGGGAGCACCAGCGCGUGACGGAGAUCUACCACAAACUGGACGCCGAAUGGCUCCAAGACCACGCGAGCACGUUGCUGUUCAACCAGUUUGCCGCGUUGGGGAUGCAGAUCGCUAUGGACAUUCUGGACCGCAUGCAGGAAGCUAGCAAUGCGGCGCCCGACGACUUCACGUUUGCGACGUGUAUGAAGGGAUUGGAGAAGCGUGGCCAGUGGACGGACGUGCUUGAUCUGUUCAACACGAUGCUAGACGCCCAAACGCGCAGUCAGAACGCACUCGGCGAUAUAGAGACGAAGUCACUGAUCAACGCUCUGUCCUGCGCCAGUCGCAAACUAAAGCAGGACUUGUCGGUCGUGCUGAAGCAGCUUCACACGGUGGAUCUUCGGAACAUCGGACACGCUUCGACUCUGAUCGAUACGCUGGACGAGUUCAGAUUGUUCACGGCGGCACGCCAGACCUUCAAGCGCGUGCUGGAUGAAGGUAUCAUCGAGAAGACCCCAUGGCGUCUGAAAGACGGGUUUGAGAUCGACCUGCACACAUUCUCUCGUGGUGUGGCGAAGUGCGCCGUCGUGUCAGCUUUCGACGAGAUCACGCGCUCUCAGCAGGGAGUUAGCGCUGUGUCUCUUGCUGGGAAUGCACCGCUGCAGGACGUUCGCAUUAUCACGGGCGUGGGUAGACGCAGUCAGACAUUCAUGAAGCCUGUGCUACGCCACGAAAUCACGGAGCUACUCACCAAGUCGAGUCGACCGCCGUUGUGGCCGUCUUCGCAUCCGACCAACCCUGGAGUUCUACUCGUCCGCCAUAACGCGCUGCGCAAAUGGCUCCAGAAAGGUGGCGCUAUCCGAUACUUUUGA